AUGACUGUUGAAGCAUCCGCGACCAACGAUGCUCCCCCUGCGGAGGUUGCCGAAGAGAAGGCCAAGAUAGUUGAACAAGUUGUUGAUGCCAGAGAAUUGGAGUUGCAAGCUGUGAUCGGCUUCAAGGGUGCCGUUAUUGAUGGUAUGCAGCUUCACCCAGACAAUAAACAUCUACUCUACCCACUAGGAUGUACAGUGGUAGUUCGCAACCUCAUAGAGCGGACUCAAGAUUUCAUGGUCGGACAUGAUAAUCAGGUUAACUGCAUCACGAUCUCCGAUGACGGAGCUUUCGUCGCAUCUGGCCAGAAAACUUUUAUGGGCUUUCCCGCUGAUGCGAUUAUUUGGGACUUUGCCACGAGGAAACCUUUACAUAAGCUCAGUUUACACAAGGUGGCCGUAUCAUCAUUGUCAUUCUCUUACAACAACAAGUAUCUCGCCACCCUCGGAGGUCGUGAUGAUAACGCGCUAGUUGUGUGGGACGUGAAGUCUGGUCAACCCAUUUGUGGGACUCCAGCUGCUGCGGACACUGCCCACACCGUGAAAUUCUUCCACAAUUCGGACGUUCAUCUCAUAUCCGGGGGGAAUUACCAUAUCCGGUUAUGGCAUCUCGAUUUGAAAAACAAGAAAAUCCAUCCGGCUGAAGUUAGCACAGGAAACCUCAAAAGGGUCAUCACUAACAUCUGCAUUUCGAAAGACGAUAAGUUGGCUUACUGUGGUACACAGAGCGGCGAUAUUCUCGAAGUUAACCUCGAUCGCGGAAUCUACAAGAGACUUGGACCGCACAAGCAGUGCCUCAGACAAGGCAUUAGCUGCAUAAGGAUUUUGGACGAUGGUGAUUUGAUCGCCGGAAGUGGAGAUGGCACUAUUGUUAAGAUCGAGGCUCGUACUUUCAGAGUAGCAACGAGCUGCAAGGUACUCGGCUGUGUCACUUCCAUUGCCCUCACAGAGGACGCAACACAUUUUUUCGCCUCUACCUCGUAUAGCAACGUUUAUUGGGUCGAUGCCAGCCCGCAGGAUGCUAUGACACCAGAGCUGCGCAAUACCUGUCAUCAUGAGCCUAUUAAUCAAGUUGUCUUCCCCCAUGACUUUUCUGAAGUGUUCGCUACCUGCAGUAAAGAGGAAGUUCGCGUCUGGAAUUCGAGGACUAGACAGGAGCUCCUGCGCAUACAGGUCCCAAACGUCGAAUGCUACUGCGUAGACUUCGCACACGAUGGUCGCAGCAUCGCAACUGGCUGGCACGAUGGGAAAAUUCGAGCUUUCUUGCCACAAUCGGGCAAAUUGUUGUAUGUCAUAAAUGAUGCUCACAAAAACGGUGUUACUGCCAUUACCUGCAGUUCCGAUACAGGAAGGCUGGUGUCCGGUGGCAUGGAAGGAGAAGUACGAUGCUGGAGGCUAGGGAAGAACGGCCAGAGUCAAGUGAUGGAAUCGAGCUUAAAGGAACAUCGCGGUAGAGUGUGGUGCAUUAGACUCACAUCGGAUAAUACUAAGGCUGUUUCUGCCAGCUCAGAUGGGAGUUGCAUCGUGUGGGACCUUGUCUCCCGCACCCGAUCCUUGUGCCUUUUCGACUCGACUAUGUUCAAGAGCCUAGUCUAUCAUCCAGACGAGACUCAGCUCGUGACCACUGGCACCGAUAGAAAGAUCACAUAUUGGGAUACUUUCGAUGGCCAGUCGAUUCGUAUAUUGGAAGGAUCAGAAACUGCUGAGUUGUGCACCCUGUCGAUGUCCAAGUCGGGCUCCCAUUUUGUGAGUGGCGGAGCAGACAGGAUCGUCAAGGUGUGGGAUUACGACGAAGGUGUGUGCAACUUAUCGGGAGCGGGCCACAGUGGUACAAUAUCUUCGGUGGCCAUAUCGCCCGAUCAGACUAUGAUAGUCAGCGUAGGGCAUGACGGUGGUAUUUUCAUUUGGAAGAUUCCUGAGGGGAUAUCUGAAAAGUGCUGUGAUACGAGUAAUCUGUGA